AUGACGUAUGUGUUCCGAAAAGACGAAGAAGAAGAAGAAGCUGAAGCUGUUUCCAUGAGUCCGGCUCUGAAACACCUGCUGCUCUGUUGCUGCUUCUGUGGCGUCAGACUGAUGAAGUGACCGCUGCUGCACACACACCCUCCUCCUACUCAGACAUCACCACCAGUCAGCUGACACAGGUGGAGGAUGCUGCCCUGGACCCCUGACAGCGACAGCAAAAAAAGACCUGAAGAAGAAAAACAACAAGAGGAUGAAGAGGAGUCGGACAUGACCACAUCUAAGGACGACCCCGCCAGCCAAUCAGAUGCUGCGGUUAAGCCUCAGGACGGCAGCUCGGACUCUGGGGAGGAGGCAGCCGUGGUGCUGUCAAACAGGGAGGUGUUACCAUGGCAACAGAAGGAGGAAGAGCGCGACGAAGCAGAGACACAGGCGGUGGCUUCAUCGCCCGACGGACGAUUCCUCAAGUUCAACAUCGAGAUCGGACGAGGAUCCUUUAAGGCGGUCUACAAAGGACUCGACACCGAGACCACGGUGGAGGUGGCCUGGUGUGAGCUGCAGACUCACCGUCUGAACAAGGCUGAACGUCAGCGCUUCAACGAGGAGGUGGAGAUGCUGAAAGCUCUGCAGCAUCCCAACAUCGUCCGAUUCUACGACUCUUGGAAGUCGACGCUGAAAGGACACAAAUGCACCAUCCUGGUGACGGAGCUCAUGACGUCCGGGACCCUCAAGACGUACCUGCGCAGGUUCCGUCAGAUGAAACUGAAGCUGCUGCAGCGUUGGAGCCUCCAGAUCCUGAAGGGGCUUCACUUCCUGCACUCACGCUGCCCCCCGAUCAUUCACCGAGACCUCAAGUGUGACAACAUCUUCAUCACUGGGCCCACGGCCUCCGUCAAGAUCGGAGACCUGGGUCUCGCCACGCUCAAGAAGGCCUCGUUCGCUAAGAGUGUGAUUGGAACUCCAGAGUUCAUGGCUCCAGAGAUGUAUGAGGAGAAGUACGACGAGGCUGUGGACAUUUACGCCUUCGGCAUGUGCAUCCUGGAGAUGGCGACCUCCGAGUAUCCAUACUCUGAGUGUCAGAAUGCUGCCCAGAUCUACCGCAAGGUCACAAGUGGAAUCAAACCAGAGAGUUUUUCCAAAGUGACCAUCCCGGAGCUGAGGGAGAUCAUUGAGGGCUGCAUCCGAACCAAGAGCAGCGAGAGGUUCACAGUUCAGGACCUGCUGGAUCACCGGUUCUUCCAGGAGAAGCUUGGCGUCCACGUGGAACUGGCAGAAGAAGACGACGGUUCGAAGACGUCGCUGAAACUCUGGCUGCGGAUGGAUGACAACAAGAAGCUUCGUGGCAAAUAUAAAGACCACAACGCCAUAGAGUUCGUGUUCGAGCUGUACAAGGACGUCCCCGAGGAGGUGGCUCAGGAGAUGGUGGUGCUGGGGUUCGUGUGCGAGGCAGACUAUAAGGUGAUUGCCAAGGCGAUCAGAUACCGGGUGACGGCCAUAAAGCGCCAGCGGGAGAAACGGCGCCACCUGGAGGAGGAAAAGCUCAAACACCAGAAAGAAGUGAUUGAAGAGGAGGUUGACCCCCAGUCACCUGAAACGUCCAUUCAGAAACCAGCCACAAACACAACUGAUGGGAAGCAGGAUUCAGCCGCCACACCUGCCUUUAAAAAAGCCCCUAGCAUCACAAGUAUGACAUCGUUGGUUAUGUCGUCGAGCAGCAGUCUGGUGGAUUCUGGGAUCAGCGGCGUGUCCAGCAGGAUGGGAGGAGACGGCGACGAGGACGGCGAUAAAACUCUCAGACAUGCGUCGUGCUCGUCAGCUACCUCCGACUGUGAGACAGACUUCUCCUUCAGUUCCUGGGGUGUUGAAGCUCCGCCUCCUCCAGUCAAAAACCCUGCACCUCCACCAAUGGUCCAGGAAACCCCUCGACCUGAGGCUCCUCCCCCUGUGACCCGGCUCCCAUCCAAAGCCAAACCUCCGCCCCUCCCCGUGUUGCGUUUCCCAAAGAGCAUUGCUGUGUCCCACAGUGCCGAGCAAACAUCACAUGGAUCAGUCUGCGGCUUCUCCUCACCUGUGGACAGCUACGCCUCUGACGUGACCUCAGGUUUGAGUGAUGGCACUGACGGCCAAUCAGAGAAGAGCACUCAGGACAUCGCAAAAAGAGCGGCUGUGAAACAGUUCAGGAGGAGAGCGCGAGCUCGUCUGAGAAUCACAGGGGUGUCAGACAUGGUGGACCGAGUGGUGGAGUGUCAGCUGCAGACUCACGACGGUAAGAUGGUGACGUUUAAGUUCGACCUGGAUGGAGACAAUCCAGAAGACAUUGCAUCAGUGAUGCUCCACAGAGACUUCAUCCUGCCAUCAGAGCGGGACGGAUUCAUAGUUCGCAUGUAUGAGAUCAUCAAGAGGGCGGAGUCAGUGAUGCAUCAUCGUCCACAGGCAGACUCUGAUAGGCUGUCCCGCCUGAACACCUCCACGCUGCCUGGAAGUGCGAUGAACCUGUCAGCAGGCGGCCUCUCCAGAACUCUGUCCUCCUCCUCAUUAACCGAUAUCGACAGCGUUGAACCCCCUCCUUUAAAAGGAGCCGACUUCUCCAUUGACCCUGAAGCCACGCCCCCUGUCAGAUCACUGAGGUCACAGUCUUUUCACACGUCUUCAGCUUCCUCAUAUCAGCCCCCCAUUUACCCCCUCAGUUACCCCCAUGUGGACUCCACUGCACCACACCCAUCUCCUGGUCCCCAGUAUCACCUCCCAACUCACCCCUACUACACCUACACUGCCUCCCCCCCACCCAGAGCCCCGCCCCAAGCCUCCACAGAGUCCAAAGUAACCCUUUGCUCCACACCCCCUCCUCUUCCUCAGCUCCUCUUCCUCAGUGGGCUUCACCUGAGCAGUCUCUCUUCUCUCUGGCCAACGUGCUCUCUCUGGCUAAGCCCCAAACCAGGGCUUUCAACCCCGCCCUCCAUUUACCACCCCCCAGGCCACACAGUCUCCUCCACUAUCUCCAUCCUUUGGACCCCAGCUCCACCAUCCAAGCCACACACCCUUUUCCCCUCCUUUCUUCCCCCACCAGCCUAUCCCCCACCCGCACCACAGACGAACUCUGCCUCAGACAGCCAGCAGGUGGUGGCACCGCCCAGUCGGAUCCCAGACUCACCUCAGAUAGAGAAGGAGCAAGGACAGUCUCACACUCCAGUCCAGCAGAAGCUCAGCUCAGCUCCGCCCCUUCACGGUUCAGUGACUGCCUCUGCUCCCAGCUCGACCAGUGCUCCCAGUCACAGAGGAGAGCUCCGUCACUCGUCCCCUCCUCAGUCGACUCUGAACAAAAAACUCUCCCCGCCUGAUUCUCCUUCACCCAGACUGUCCCCCAUACACGAAGCAGAGAAACCUUCUGCUUUCAGCGUUGGUCGUUUCCAGGUCACGCCCUCUAAACAUGGUCAGGCUGCCCACCAGCAGGAGCAACGAGCCAUCAGUCAGGCCACGCCCACGGCUCACUCCCCGCCUCCUCCCAGGAAGAACCAAUCAGAGAGUGACACAGAAAGCAGCACAGAAAGCAGCGGAUCAGAGAGCAGCAUCAGCACGGUGACCCUCGCCCCAGUUAUUAACAAGAACGCCAACCCGGGAGGUCAGGAGGAGAGGAGGAGCAGAGAGGAGGAGGGCAGCCAGAAAAGGAGGGAGGAGGAGGAGGAGAGGAAGAGGAGAAGAGGCCGCAGGCUGAACGUCAGUCAGUGGGAGGGGACAGCCGGCAGCUUCAGCCAGUCUUGGAGUCGCUCUGCAACCUACAGCUCCGACGAGUCUGACAGUGAGAACGGAGAGAUGUGGGAGGAGCUACAGGAACUACGGGAAAGACACCUGAUGGAGGUGCAGAACCUGCAGGUCAGCCAGAAGCAAGAGAUCGAAGAGCUGUACCGGCAGAAGGGGAAAGUCCCGCCCCCUGGAAUCGUUCCUCCCGCAGCCAUGUUGAACAGCCGGCAGCGGCGCCUCUCCAUGUCUGGAAACAAUCCCUCCUCUCGCAGGCUGGAUAUGCUGCCCCCUGCAGGUAUCAUGAGGAGGACCUCAAUCAGCAGCAGCAGCAGUGGAUCUCAGGACAGAGCAGGGAAAGGCGUGACCUUUGCCCCCGAGCACAGCUGCAUGUGAGUGAGGAGCUGCUGAAGAUGAGAAGAUGAUCACGGUGAUGAUGAAGAGUAAUCCGCAGUGGAAUACUUUAAUGUCUCGUAGUUUGAAGUGAAUGUCUCAGCACUUUAGGAAGAAAAGCUGAACAUCAGAGGUCAGAGGUCAUCAGACAACGAGCUGCAGCCGUUCAGCUUUAAAGAGGAGACAGAAGAAGAAGAGGGUCAAAUGAUGAACUGCACCGACAAACAUGAGAUUAUAGAAUCUGCUGAAAACCUUUAAAACUUUAUGAUUUUUGUUGUGAUGAGUGUGGAAACUUUUCUGACCUUCACUGCUGCUCGUGUAGUCGCAGGACACGAGCCCGAGCACGGUCUGUGUUUCUGGACGACCAUGUGCUUUAUUUAUCGUCAUGUACAGAUGAACCAGUGUGAGACGCCUUCUCCGAGAUUAAACACGUGGACACAUGAAGAGAUGAAAUCAUGAAUUUUAACAGUUUUGGUUUUUUGCUCCAAAGUUUGUAAAGUCCAGUUGUUCCUCCUCAUGUUUGUCUUAAAUAAAGUUCCUUGUCUGUUGA